CUGCGGUCCAGUGGCGCAGGGAGCGAGCGAGCGAGAAGACGCUGAAAGAGUGAGCACGCGCGCUAGAGAGAGAGCAGAGAGAGAAAGAGAACAAUGCCUAAAUCAAAAGAACUCGUGUCUUCAAGCUCAUCUGGCAGUGAUUCAGACCGUGAAAUUGAAUCCGGGCAUGUGAAUCAUCUAGCGUCGGAAAAAAGGAAAAAACAGGCACCACAAGAAAAACCUGUAAAGAAACAGAAAACUGGUGAAAGUUCCAAAGGUGCAGCAUCCUCUAAGCAGAGUAGCAACAAAGAUGAGAACAUGUUUCAGAUUGGUAAAAUGAGGUAUGUCAGUGUUCGUGAUUUUAAAGGUAAAGUCCUAAUUGAUAUUAGAGAAUACUGGAUGGAUCAAGAAGGUGAAAUGAAACCAGGCAGAAAAGGUAUUUCUCUAAAUCCAGAACAGUGGAGCCAGCUGAAGGAACAGAUUACUGAUAUUGAUGAAGCUGUAAGAAAACUGUAGAUGAGUCGUGCAGAAACUCUGUUAUAGGUUUAAGUAGUCUUUUUACAUCAGCAUUCAUUUUCUAAACUUAUUUGUUUUCCAAGCUCUUGUAUAUUUGGAUUGCAAAGCAAUUUGUAAGAUGGACGCUUUUUUUAAUGUGCAUUAAAAGUGUAUUCUGAGUGAAGUUAUUAAUGUGUAUACUUUUAUUAAACAGGUGUUAUAUCCUCACAUCAUUGUGUAAAAUAAAAACACGUUCAAUU